AUGGCAGACUAUCCUGCUCUUCAAGACAUUUUAGUACCACGUAAUUCAGGUUGUUUAAGUACUGCUAGAAUUCAAAAUGAAUCAUGCUGCACAAUAAAAUAUGACCGUAUUUUGCGUUUACCUGUGCUAGUCAUGAAGGGUAGUCUCACAACCUCGCGGGUGCGGAUUCCACGUGAAGAAUCUCCUCUUUCAUUUUUGCACCUCCCUUAUUCCCUCAUUGUUCUUCAGACGUACCUUGGUUCUUUCGAUUCUUUUGCACUGGAAGUUGGUGUGGGAAUUAGCAGGCAGUUGAGUGUGAAGCUUACCAUUGGGACGCAAUUCAAUAAGCCUUCUGCUGAAAAUCCAAGCAAUGGUGUCGUUAUUGCUAAAAUGCCUUUGAUUAUUCCACGUAAUCGUUGGGUACAGGUGGUCAUUCACGUAUCUGGUAUAGUAACUCAAAUUCUUAAUUUGCCACCUAUUAAAUUUAUUGAUUCAAUAUCAUUAAGUGGAACAUGUAAAGCUUCACGGAUUAUGUUAGCUAAUGAUGAAGAUGAGGCAAUUAAUGCUACCCCUCCUGCAAUGGCUCUCUUCGCUGUUCCUGCAUACGCUCCACCCAUUUGGCAGACUGCCGGUGGGGCUAUUUCGCCCUCUAUAACGAAUAAUAAAUCUAUAGAAAGUACAGACACUGCAAAACAUCGUUUAUCUAAUGGACAGCUUCCAGUGGUAAAGGAAACAUCAGAAGGAGUACGUUCUGCGGGCGCAUUAGGGAGACAAGAGGAAUCAGUAACAAAUCGUACUCUGCCACAACCACCAUCAACCGCACCACCAACAACAACAAGACCACACCCACUGACAUCUCCACUACAAGAGCAACUAGAACAACAACCGAAACAAGAACAAGAACAACAGCAGCAACAACAAAAACAAAAACAACUACGCAAGUUAAGUUCUAUAACAAAAGGGGAUUCCAUGACGUACAUUCGGCUUGUAGAUGAAACGGGCGCUUCACAGCAUAGAAACCCUAUAGCAUCGAUACGACAGCGAUCAGGCAAUGUAUCGGGGAAGGAAAAUGUUGGGAAUUCUGCGGCAGCGUCAUCAUUGUCAUCAGCUGUUAUUUCUGCUUCACCUCAUUCUACUCCUGUAAUUGAUGCAUUGCAGUGUAUUACAGGAUGGAAAGAGACCGUAGAUAUCGGUGGUAGUACCAGUCUCGUUUCUUCAACUCCUGUUGAAUUAACUGGGAAAGGUCGAGUGUCAACGAAUCAUGAAUCUGGGACCGAACAGAGUUCAGGUGGUGGAAACAUUAAAUCGAAUAGCAACAAUAGUGGUACAGAUAAUUCAGGCAGCAGAACACAGCCUCCAAAAAAAAUGACAGGGGUGCGAAAACGUGUUAUUCAAUUCCCUACUAAGUUUCGAAAAACAAUAGGAGCAGAUGGCCAAUUAGUUGCUGAUAAUGAUAGUGGUGCUGCCUCAGCAAACACUGCAAAGCGAAAAGGUCUCACUCUUCGACGUACACGUAUACGAAAGCAAAUAAAACUUCUUAGGGAAGCACAAUUAAGUGUGCGUCGUAUACAGGAGAUAAAGAAGCUCCCGGCAUCAGAAAUGCCGAUAGAUCCACAGGAGGAAGCACUAAUGAUGGUGGGGGAGGAGACAGUGGACGUGUUAAAGGAACCGAGGUGUGGCUAUGGAUUUGGAUACCUUGGUGUCCUGCACGAGGGUGGGGGAUUUGAAACAGAUGAAGGGGCGGAUACAAAAUUGAAGGGUGCACUUACACUGGAUUUGCCGGAUAUCUCUGGAGAGGAAGAGGAGGAGGAAGAAGAGAAGGAUGAUGAUGAUGAUGACGAUGAUGAAGGGGAGUAA